AUUUAUUUAAUUUUUCGUAAUUUUCUAUUUAUACUAAAAAUUUUACUUAUUUAUUAUUCCGUUUAAUAUGUUUUAGUAUAAUUUUUAAUGAAUAUAAUUUGACAUGUGUAUUUACAAUGUCGUAUCGUUAUUUGAGAAAUGGCCUAUUGACUAGAAGGACAAAACUGUCCAAAAACGGGUUUCAUCCGUUUAUUGAUAAUUUGAUGUGGGAUAUCACAAAUUUCCAUUACAAAUAUUACAUGAAAAACAUUUCAUUAUACAACACAUUAAACAAUCAACAACAAAUUGAGAAGAUAAUCCUGAAUUCUGCUGAUGAUAAGGACUUGAUAUCAUAUGUUAGAUGUGCAAUACCUCAGAUUGUACCUUAUAAAUCGCAGUCGAAUCCCUUUUGUCCAAACUCCUCUAAUAAAACUGGCUUCCAAUUCUUAUAUAAAAAUCUGUUAAAAUAUCCCAGACCAUUUAAAAACAGACAAUUGGCAAUCACAGAUCUAAAAGUUCCAGUUUAUCCAAAACAUUGAUUUUUCACUCAAUAUUAUUGGAAUUUGUAAAAUAUUUAUCAAAUGUUCAACUCAAGUUGUAUUUGAGGAAAAUUCAAAUAUUUUAAACUUUAAUCUGAUUGUAAUGUAUA